GUCGUGACGGAAGUCUUAUUUUUAUUUUUUAUUGAAGGAUACAUUAACAAAAAUAUAACUCAACAUACAAAUUACCAGGGGCUACACCGGACACUUCCUGAAUUGAGUAUUCUGCAACUGUGCAAGCAGGGCAUCCUUGAGGGAUCAGGGCUCUUACAUGGUUUGGUGCAACCACAAUAAUUGUUGUCCUUUCGUAUUUGACCCCUGCCAGCUGAGGUCAGGGGAGAGUCACAGAGAUAAAUCGCCUCCAGUGUGGACGAACAGCCGAAAACCUUCAUGGUGCCACUGAAAUGCCAUCCAUCAUGCGCAAGAGACCGAACUCUGCCAUGCACGCUGCUUUACUGACCAGACAGAUGUGGAGGGAGACGGACUCCUGCCUGAAGAACGCUCCGUUUCAUUUGGACCUCUGGGGCUCUUUCACGGUACAGAACUGGCUGCUGGACGUUGGCAGGCCUGUUGUCAUGAUCUUUUGCCCAAUGGAGUGGCUUCCUCUGAACAAACCCACCGCUGGCGAUUACCUCCACAUGCUGUACAUCAUCACUACUCCCUUCCUGUUGCUCAAGCUCAUAGAGCGAAGCCCGAAGACCUUACCUCGCUCUGCGGUCUACCUGUGUAUCAUUACAUUUGUGAUGGGGGCCAGUAUACACCUGGUCGGGGACUCAAUCAACCAUCGGCUGCUGCUCAGUGGAUACCAGCUACACCUGUCCGUCAGAGAGAAUCCGAUCAUGAGGAACAUCAAACCACAAACCCUGAUCGACUCUUUUGACCUGCUGCACUUUUAUGAUGAGAGUUUGGGACAUUGUAUGUGGUGUGUUCCACUAUUUCUCAUCUUAUUCCUCUAUUUCACUGGCUGUUUCACUAUUGUCAAAGAAGAGAGGAUGAUGCCCUUCUCUGCUUGGCUUCUAUUGGGUCCUAGUACCCUUUAUUACUGGUAUCUCGUGACGGAAGGACAAAUCUUCAUCCCGUUUAUUUUCACAUUUUUUGCCAUGAUGGCUACUGUUGUGCACCAGAAACGAAAAGGAUUAAUUCUGGACAGUAACGGACUCUUCCUGCUGUACAGUUUUGCAGUAUCUCUCGUGUUAGUAACCAUCUGGGUCGCGUGUCUGUGGAACGACAAGGUGUUACAAAAGAAAUAUCCAGGAGUGAUGUACAUACCAGAGCCGUGGGCCCUUUAUACACUACACCUUAGAGACAAACAUAGGACAUUUACAGACUGAGAACAUACAGUCUUCC